AUGAGGCACUGCCGGGACAUCCCCGCCACCAGUCGACGACGCCUUUUGCACGGCAUACUCGAUUCGCCUUUUGCGGCGGUGCCAAUGGCGCACCGCAGGCGUGGUCGGAGGCGGCCCAUGCAGCUGCGUUGGCUUGACCUGGAAAUGCACGCCAGGUCAGGGUUCUGCGAGGGCAGUCUGCCACAGAACUUCUCUGCGGCUGCUCCUCGACGCGCAUGCCGCGUUGGUACUGUUGAAUGGCGACCAGCGCAAGGACGGCCCCGGUGGUUCCCCGAGGCGAUCAAAGAGGCAGCGAUAACGUACGAGUGCCUGACGGAGCAUGACCACCGAGCCUCCCUUAGAGCUUGCAUGGAGCUCCGGAGACGCAGUCUUGCCGGGACAGGGAUUCACCUGGGCUCGGUUGUUAGCCUCUGUCUCUGCAUGGCGCGAUCGCCCAGGACCGUCGGCCAACUGUCGGGCAAGGUGGGCAGGCGACCAAAUCCAGGGCUCGCCGUCACCAGAUUGAAUCGAGGACUGUGGCAGAGGAGUGCCAAAUUUGGGACUUCAUGGGCUUCGCGUUUGCUCCGCUGGCCGUCGUCUAACCAGACAACGGGGAUAGCUCACGGGCAGGAUUGCUCCUCUUCGUAUUUCGGCACCCCCCGUAGUGCGCGCGCACGACAACCGUUCGAAGUUGCUUUUUCCCGUUCUCUGACAAGUGACAGCCGCGUGCCACGCGCAACGGCUCGACUCCCGUAUGGACCCUUCGCCGCCGCCUGGCACCAGGGAGGCCGCAGCUCUUUGCUCCAUGCGGAGCGUCGCGGCCCCGUUGCGUCGGCGCCGCCACUCUUUCCCGGUGGGCUGGACAGCCCUGGCUGCAUUAGACUGCAUUGCCCGUUGCCGCGGAAGUCUUGCGCGCACUCUGCAGGAUGGCCGACCAAGUGGGGAACUGGGGUUCUUUUAAUGUUAAUGCGCGCAGACUGCGAGUCGUCACAUUUCAAAUCGUCUUGGAACGUGCCACUCCGAUCCUGGCCAAGUUGA